UGAUCCGAGGCAGCGCAACACACCGACGGCCAUCGGCGCUGGAGCCGAGCGAGCGAGCAAGCAGCCGCGUUCACUGCGUCCGGUCCGCUGGACUUCACACUGCCACACUUGCCCCGCUGAUGCGCGCCACACCAUGAACGCCUUCUGGACGUUUGGACACUUUGACCGCCAGCACGCAGUGGAAACCUAGGAUUUAGUGGACAAGAAGUUGUCUUUCGCAGCGGCGGUGCACGAGCCAAAGGGACUCGCUGUCAAGUCGUGAGAGGGAUUUUCUUAUUCUUUUUUUUUUGCUGCCCGAUGCGCGAGGACUUACGGAUUUUAACGUUGUUUUGUGGGUUUUUAUGAAGUUUAAGGGAGAAUAACUGUUGUGGUUUUUUUAAAUGAAUGCUUGGUGACAUCUGAAAGACUGAGAUCUGCUGUCACAACGGGAUACUUUGGGUCAGCAGAGUCGUUGGAUAGUUUCUCGCGGCGCCGCAGGCCGCCGUUCUGCAGGACGGCAUGCUAACGGAGGAUGCCGUCUGAGUCGGGCCUCGCCGCUCUGCGUCUCACCUCGUCGCCCGGAGGGAUGGCGGCCCUGUGGUGCUCACUCUGGCUCUCCUUCCUCCUGCCUCUCUGCGUCACUCCAGCCAGGCUGCCCACCGCUCAGCCCACAGACUCUGUGUCCAGCGAGACGGCCUUCCUGGAGGACUAUGUCCUGGGGACGGGGGAAACGCUGGAAAUGCCUUGUGACCUGGAAGAGCGCUCAGAGCCCGUCGUCUGGUUCAAAGACGGCGCCGGGCUGGUGCCUAGCAACAGGACGCGGCUGGGCCAGAGGAUGUUGCGCAUCAUCAACGUGUCGUACGAAGACUCGGGCAUCUACUCUUGCCGGCUCGCCCGCAGCAACGCGUUGCUCAGCAACUACACCCUCCGGGUGACAGAUUCUCUGUCAUCUGGUGACGAUGAAGAUUAUGACGAAGAUCCAGAAGAUGCAGGUAAUGGAAAUGAAGCUCCAUAUUGGACCAGGCCAGACCGGAUGGACAAAAAGCUCCUGGCGGUUCCAGCCGCCAACACCGUCAAGUUCCGCUGUGCCGCGUCCGGAAACCCGAUCCCGACCAUCCACUGGCUGAAGAACGGCAAAGAGUUCAAGGGAGAGCAGAGGAUGGGAGGAAUCAAGUUGAGACACCAACAGUGGAGUCUGGUGAUGGAGAGCGCCGUGCCGUCAGACCGGGGAAACUACACCUGUGUGGUGCAGAACAAGUACGGCGCCAUCACCCACACCUACCAGCUGGAUGUGCUAGAGCGUUCCCCCCACAGGCCCAUCCUGCAGGCAGGCCUGCCAGCCAAUCAGACGGUCGUGGUGGGCAGCGACGUGGAGUUCCACUGUAAGGUGUACAGCGACGCCCAGCCCCACAUCCAGUGGCUGAAACACAUCGAGGUCAACGGCAGCCGCUACGGCCCCGACGGCGUUCCCUACGUCAACAUUCUGAAGACGGCAGGUAUUAACACUACAGAUAAGGAGCUAGAGAUUCUCUUCUUGACCAAUGUGUCUUUUGAGGAUGCGGGCGAGUACACUUGCCUGGCAGGGAACUCUAUCGGCUUUGCUUACCACUCUGCCUGGCUGACGGUGCUUCCAGCAGUGAGCCCAGAGAAGGAGGACUACUACGCCGACAUCCUCAUCUACGUGACGGGCUGCGUGCUCUUCAUCCUCGCCGUGGUCAUCGUCGUCCUUUGCCGCAUGCGGAUGACGACGCAGAAGACGCUGCCCACGCCGCCCGUGCAGAAGCUGUCAAAGUUCCCCCUCAAGAGACAGCAGGUGUCCUUGGAUUCCAACUCCUCCAUGAACUCCAACACCCCGUUGGUCCGGAUCGCCCGCCUGUCGUCCAGCGACGGGCCCAUGCUGGCCAACGUCUCGGAGCUGGAGCUGCCCUCCGACCCCAAAUGGGAGUUUCCUCGAACACGGCUGACUCUGGGUAAACCUCUGGGCGAGGGCUGCUUUGGCCAGGUGGUGAUGGCCGAGGCCAUCGGCAUCGACAAGGAGAAGCCCAACAAGCCGCUCGACGUUGCUGUGAAAAUGCUGAAAGACGAUGCCACAGAUAAAGAUUUGUCAGACCUGGUGUCGGAGAUGGAGAUGAUGAAGAUGAUUGGAAAACACAAAAACAUUAUCAACCUGCUCGGAGCGUGCACACAGGACGGUCCUCUGUACGUCCUGGUGGAAUACGCCUCUAAAGGCAACCUGAGGGAGUACCUGCGGGCACGGCGCCCACCGGGCAUGGACUACUCCUUCGACACGUGUAAAAUCCCCGACGAGCAGCUCACCUUCAAAGACCUGGUGUCCUGUGCCUACCAGGUGGCCCGGGGCAUGGAGUACCUCGCCUCGCAGAAGUGUAUCCAUAGAGACUUGGCGGCCAGAAACGUCCUUGUGACAGAGGACAACGUCAUGAAGAUCGCCGACUUCGGCCUCGCCAGAGAUGUGCACAAUAUAGACUACUACAAAAAGACCACCAACGGUCGUCUGCCCGUGAAAUGGAUGGCUCCCGAAGCUCUGUUUGACCGGGUCUACACGCACCAGAGCGAUGUGUGGUCCUAUGGGGUGCUGCUGUGGGAGAUCUUCACCCUGGGAGGCUCACCGUACCCAGGAAUCCCAGUAGAAGAGCUCUUUAAGCUGCUGAAAGAGGGGCAUCGGAUGGACAAACCUGCCAACUGCACCCAUGAACUGUACAUGAUCAUGAGGGAGUGCUGGCACGCCGUGCCGUCCCAGAGACCCACCUUCAGACAGCUGGUGGAAGACCACGACCGGGUUUUAUCCAUGACCUCCACCAAUGAGUACCUGGACCUGGCGGUGCCCUUCGAGCAGUACUCGCCCACCUGCCAGGACUCCAACAGCACGUGCUCGUCCGGAGACGACUCAGUGUUCGCCCACGACCCGCUGCCUGACGAGCCCUGUCUUCCCAAACAGCUUCCCAGUAACGGGGUGAUCAGGACAUAAAAAAAAAUAAAACCCUGGGGGGGGAGGAGGGGGGAGUUGGACUUUAACUUCCUCCCACAGGUCGCCAUGAACAAAACACCUCUCAGUGACUCCUCAACAUUAUGGAAAUGGAAAAAAUACUUCCACAGCGCUUCAGCUCUUCCAUUCGUCUUAAAACUCUCGCUCGAAAUCCCCCCCCUCCUCCCCCCAAUCCUUUGACUGAGUUUUUUUUGUUGUUGUUGUUCUUCCUCCUCCCUCCCAGAAGACUCUUGAAACAUUGAAGGAUUAUUUUUUUUUUUUUUUUUGCCGUUGGAAGCGUGUUUGUGUUUCUUCUUUUCAGAAAUGAAAUUUAUAUUUUUCUACUCGGGCCAGUCUUUUGUUAUGGACAAUCUGUAAGGG